AUGAAUCUACAAAAAUCGUUGGAUGACAUUAACGAAAGGAUAGAAAAACUUGAGAAAAAGAUGGAAAUAUCUGAUCUUCAAAAGAAAUUGGAUUUGAUUAACGAAAGGGUUGAAAACCUUGAAAAAAGGACGCAUGAAAAAUCCGAUAUUGAAAAUAAACAAAUAAUUAAAAACAU